AUAAUUCUGGAGUUGGCUGAAUCACUCAAGCAACUUAAUAGACAGAUACAUUCAGAAACUGGGUUCAUUAUAGGGGCCAAUUCCGAGUACUGCGGUUUCUUUGGAUCCUCGCGAACCGCCCCGCUUGGGCCAUCCGCCGACCGAAGGAGUCUCGGGGCUUUUCGUGUACGGUAUUUCCCACUCCAAAAGGGCCAUAACGGAUAAGGAGCUGGCAAAAGUUCUUCACCCAAGACAAGAUUUUUCCAAAGUUAAGAAAGAUAUGGAGAAAUACUUUGCCGUACGAGAUACUCCUUUCUGGAGAGAUGUGCCACUACAUCACAUGCUUGAAGUAAACACAGAUCUUGACGGCGCUACUGCAGCGUGGAUGGCCGAAUCGGUUUUCACCAGAACCACUUUUAUAGGAGAAGAUGUUGGAAAUAAUCACCAAGACUUUCAUGGUACUAUUUUAAAACAGAUUUACGAACCUUUCGGAUAUCCUGUUGAGGUUCCGUGCUAUUCCAAUGUAGCGGGUCAACGAGGUCUAUCCAAUGUUUUUUACAAAUUUCGUAAAAGGCUUGCACUCAUCAUCUCAGCGAGCACAUCAUGA